AUGUUGUUACUGACUCUUGCUGCCAUUGUUCUCUUCUCUCUUAGCAGUGUAUCACACGCAAGCCAAUGCCCAAACAUUGCUACACAAAAGGAUUUCGAUGUUACUAAAUAUGUUGGUCUGUGGUAUGAAGCCUAUCGAAGCAAUGUUAUCUUCGAAAUCGGCUCUAAAUGUGUCAAUGCCACAUACACACCAAAUUCUGAUGGAUCUGUUGGCGUCUGGAAUCAGGCUAUUAAUUUGUUCGGUCAUUACACUAGUAUCAAAGGUUCUGCUACUGUGAAAAACUCGAUCGAACCUGCAGCGCUCCAAGUUACAUUCGAUAAUCCAAAUCAAAAAGGUGACUACAAUGUUAUUGCUACAGACUACGUAAAUUAUUCACUCGUCUAUGCAUGCAGAAAUAUUCCUGUCAUUGGCAAAUGGGAAUUCAUUUGGCUCCUUUCACGAACGAAAACUUUAGAACCAUUGGUGGUUGACAAAUUGAAAAACAUUCUGUCAGACAUGCGUAUCAGCACAAGUAACCUGAAACCAACAUCACAAAACUGUUAG